CGCCCACGUCUCGUCACGACACUCUGAUGUCGCUCCGCCGCCUACUGGCUCUCUCCGCCGCCGUCUCUGGCCGCCUACGCCGCUCCUUCUCCACGGGCGUCUCCUCCUCGCGUCCUCCCUGGGUCUUGUUCGAGCAGGCGACACCGGCCGUCGGGUCGGGACUGCGCUCGUGUGCGCGCAUCGUCGAGCCCCCGGACUUCUCCCAGCUCGCCGUCCCGGCGCUCCACGUCAACACCAGCGACGUACCCGACCCCGACAGCGACGUCACUCAGCUCCUCGGCGGCCAGGUAUGCUCCGCGAGCGGCGACGGCCUCGUCCUCGUCACCAUCUACGACAUGCGCUUCCCGGCUCCCAUCCUCGCGAAGCAGGGCGCCCAUCACGUGCGCCAGAUGAUCACAGAGAUCGUCCCCGAGCACAACCCAGACAUCACGCGCUUCCUCUGCAACCCGCUCACCGGCCAACUCACCCGCCUCCCCGACAUCGGGAACGGCCCGAAGCAGAUCGCGUGCGGCCCUCACAUGGGCGUCCUCACCCAAGCCGACCGCGGCCACGGGCCGCCCGACAGGUUCGUCGUCGCGGAGCUGCAGGGGAACACGAUGCUCCGGUUCCUCUCGGACACGGGCGGCUGGGAGGUCGCGGUCACCGCGCCGUGCCGACUCCCGCUCGCGCGCCGGGUCUUCUUCGAGAACGGUGGGUUCGACCAAGAGGCGGUUGCCUUCGGCGGCCGGCUGUGGUGGGUGGACCUGACCUGGGGCGCCAUCUCGGCGGACCCGUUCAGCGACAGGCCGGAGCCCCGGUUCGUCGAGCUGCCGAGAGGCAGCGUGCUGCCUGCACGCAGCACAGCGCCCACCGGGAAGCUGCUGCGUACCUUCGAGGAGGGAGAGGCCUACCGGAGAUGUGCGCUGGGUAGGUACCGGCGCAUGGGGGUCAGCGAGGGAAGGCUGCGGUAUGUCGAGGUGUGGGAUCGGGAGCCGUUCGUGCUCACCGUCUUCGCGCUCGACGACCAGGGCAGCGCCUGGACGCUCGAGCACCGCCUGGUGCUCAGCCGUCUCUGGGCCGAUGGAGACCAUCCGUGGCUGCCCUUGCCCGAGAAGACCACGCCUCAAAUUAGCGCCCUUCACCCACUGGACGGCAAUGUCAUCUACCUGUCCGUCGGAGAGCAUGUCAUCGUCGUGGACAUGAACAGGGAGGAGGUGAUAGGGAGUUCUCCGCGGAACGGCACCGGUACCUGCAUCACAUGCGUGCUUCCACCCUGGCUUGAAUCGAGCCGGAUCCCUGCUGCAGGCAAGAAGGGCGAUGGGGAAAAAGAGACUUUGGCAGAUGUUCUGGUUCGUUCUGGCGGAAGUCACACGAAGUGAAGCACCCCAAGUUAGAAAUUGAUUUAUCUCUCGGUGUAUUAAAUCUAAAAAAAUAAGUAGUAGCUGAUGGUGGCAGUUUGCCGUCACACCCAUUUUGUGGAAAAGCUGGAGAAGUUUGGUUUUUUGGAGUUUGCUCAUGAACUACUCGUAUUGGGGAAAAUCUCGGAGUUGGUUCGGAAUUUAAGUUCACAGUUGAACAUUCUAGUAGAAUCACUCAAUUAAGUCAAUGUUUGGUUGCAAGACAAUACACUCAUGUUUUUGCAGUAAAAGGUGGAUGCAACACACGUUUAACUCAAA